CGUCCCGGAUAGCGCAUAUUGUUCUCGAGCCUGAUUGUCCCAGCCUUGAUAACCGCAGCGCCCGACUACCUUCGUACCUCCAUUCGGUCCCGCUGUGCGCAGUUCCAGGACCGGCCUGCACCCGUCAUACACAACAAUGUCCGAGGACCGUCUGUGGAAGUUCAGGAGGCCGGAAUGGCUGAAUAGCGUGUGGGCGCGCAACGCGGGGGUAUAUGCCGCGGGCGGACUGUUCUCCCUCGCCUUCUACGUGCUCCUCGACUCAGCCGUGUGGUCCAAGUCCGCGCUCAACGGGUCGACGGUGCACGUCACCUUUGUCGACUGGCUGCCCUUCAUCUUUAGCAGCCUGGGCAUGCUCAUCAUCAACAGCGUGGAAAAGGCCCGCCUGUCGGCCGACAGCUUCAGCUACUCCGGGUCGGGCGUCGCCUGGAAGGCCCGCGUUGUGCUCUUUCUGGGCUUCGCCGCCCUCGCGGGCGGCAUGGCCGGCGGCGUGACCGUCUUUGUGCUCAAGUUUGUCGUCCCCGGCGUGCCCUGGCCCGCGCUCAACAUGGGGGUUGAGAACGUGGUGGCUAAUGCGCUUGUUGGGUUGAGCUCGGUGGUUCUUUGGAUCAGCCAGAACAUGGAGGAUGAGUAUGCUUACAACCUGGCUCUGUAAGUGAGCCGGUCACUGGGUGAGUGGGUGGUACUGUGGCCGGGAUGGGUUGGUCACCGGGUAACUACAGGGUUUUGAGGGAGGCGUUGAGUUAUAGCGUUGUGGUUUACUGUCAGGGACGAAGUGUUGGAAAGGUCUAGCUGGCCAGCCGGGUUCUGGUGUUCUCCUCCCGGAUGAUGUGUGAUCCGGGGUGUUUGGCAUACGAUGUAUGAUACGGAGUAACUGGCUCCAUGACCUUAUUCUACACAAGUUAUUGGAAGCGACUUGUGAGCUGCUAUGUUACCAACUAAAGCGCCAGUACGUAUUCAGACUAAUUCUCCGGGCAGUCAUAUGUUAGCAUACCAUGUGGGAGUCCAGAAUUAUAAU